AUGGAGCUCCUAGACCCCGCCACAGGCACUCCCCUCCCGAGUGACGCCAUCCAGCGCAUCCUCUUCGUCGCCAACGCCGUCCACGUCUACAACAUCCCUCCUCUGACGUCUACAAAGGGCUACUCUGCCAGCGCCUGGACCGCCGAUCCCAAGCGGCACAUCUUCACCGCCCGGCUGCGCAUCCUCGAGACCGCGUACGAGUCGCCCUCGUCCGAGAACAAGCUCAAGGUUGACGCCGUGCUCGAGGACGCCUCUACUGGGCAGCUGUUUGCCGCUGCGCCUUACACCGCUGCCGCUGUUGUUGAGCCUGUGCUGGAUAGUAGCCGAUUCUUUGCUCUUACGGUGAGGGAUCCGCAGGGUAGGCGCGCGGUGUUGGGUAUUGGGUUUGAGGAACGCAGUGAGGCAUUCGAUCUAUCCAUUGCCCUGCAGGAGGCUCGCAAAGCUCUCGGCUGGGAAGGCGAGCAAAGUCGACCAGCGGCUAAGAAGGAGGAGGAAGAGAAACGGGACUACAGCCUGAAGGAUGGUGAGACCAUCACAGUGAGCUUCGGCGGCUCCAAGUUUGGCAGGCGGAAGCAGCAGAGUUCGCCAGCGGGAGGAUCCAGCUCGGGAGACUUGCAGUCCUUUGCGCUUCCGCCGCCGCCGCCAGGACCAGGAGGUGCUAAGGGCUUCUCGCUGCCGCCUCCGCCGAGCUCGCAGGAUGUGAAGCAGCAGAAGCAGCAGUCGGCCAAGGAUCUAGGGUUUGACGACGGUCAAUUUGGAGAGUUUGCGUAA